GGGGAGCCAUUUAUUCCUGGCGGACAGAACCUGAGCAGCACUAGGGGUGAGCGAGAGAUCGCUUCUUCACAGCUGCACAGGAGAAUUCCAUCACUGACCAUUUUUAAAAGCAGCUUUUGAGUUCUGUCCUUUACUUCCUGUUUUUCUUGGCGCAUGCUGAACGUCACUUUUCUCUUCUUUUUUUUUUUUAAAGAAUUCUGCUGUUCAGCUGGAGGAUGGAGGAGGAUAACUUUACUGAAUACAACUGCAUCACUAAGAACAACCCGCUCUACCUUGGAUAUUCCGUCGUGCUGAUUGUGGGAUUAAUACUGGCGCUGCCACUGAACAUCAGCGUGCUCUACAUGUUCAUCUUCAAGCUCAGGUUCUGGAAAGGCAAAAGCAACAUGGUCUUCCUCUUCAACCUCAUGCUGGCGGAUUUUGUGCUUCUUAUAUGCUUACCUGUGAAAAUCUACCACUUCCAGCAAGGGGAACGCUGCAGUAAGAAUGAGACGGAGUGCAAAGUGAUGCUUUUCAUGCUCUUCCUGAACCGAGCGGCCAGCAUCGCCUUCCUGACAGUGAUCUGCAUCGACCGCUACAUCAGCGUAGUCCAUCCCAGGAAAAGGAACAUCCUUCAGGUGCUGAAACAGUCACCGAAGAUUUCCUUCCUCAUCUGGGUUUUCCUCUUGCCGCUCACGGUGCCGACCAUGCUGAAGACGUUCGAGUGUGGCGUCAUGCACAGCCCGGUUAAGGACAAGACUGACGUGAUCAGGGAGAUCAUCUUCUUCACCCAGAUCUUCAUCCCAUUCUUCAUUCUGGUGUUCUGCACAACCCGUAUCGUCAAAAGGCUUCAGAGGAAGAGUGUGGGGGACAGCGGCAAACUUCGGCGGGCCGUCUUUGCGGUGACCUCCGUGGUGGUGGUCUUCUCCAUCUGCUUCCUGCCCCGUGCCGUAUCUCGCAUAGCCGUGCUCAUCGUAUGGCACCAGGAUCACUCCAGCACCCAGGAAAUCAUGGCUCAAGUCUACGACGGCAUCAUGUGCUUUUCUCACAUCGACUGUUUGCUAGAUCCACUUAUUUACUGCUUUUGCAGCUCAAAAUUUAAAAACACUUACCUCUCAACUAUCUUUCCCUAUUUUCAGAAGAAAGUUAAAGAUUCAGAGGAAAGCUAAAUCGAUCUCCAGACAAAAACUGACACAUAGGACAAAAUGGAGAUCAAAGCUCCACAAUUCCAUAAUCACAUGGAAAACACUAAAAAACACGCGGCAAGUGUAAACAUGGUAAAUAUGUGUAUUUAAAAUGUUUCAUGUAUGUUUUAAGCAUUUAUGUAUUAUCAGAUGUAAGACAUUGUAAUGUGAUAUUAAGGUUUAAACACUUGACAUUAAUAUGUAUUAAUAUGAUAAGUAACUCAUGAAUGGAAUACUGAUAUAGCGAUUCGUCAUGUACAGGUAUGUGACGAUUUCUGCAGGUGAAUGAGUUUCGAAGCAAAGAUCUCUACCUCUCAAAUAAGGAAAGAGAUUUUCCUGAUUCAACUGUGAUUCAUUGUCUUUCAUAUUUAGUCACCUUUUUCCAGUUACCUAUGACCUUGUUUACCAAUUUUUAACUAAUGUAAAGCUUUAACUGACUUUGUUGUGAAGAGACAUAUUGGUAUCUGUCUAUUGUUGAUAAAGAGAAAGUGUUAAUAGGUCUCUGAUGAUUAAUAAAACUUUUUUACAAGCUGAAA